ACCACCGCGAGUUUCGAGGAGCUGAAUAAUAUCCAUUCAUUUCCUCUCGUAAACCUUCAAGUUUUGUUAAUUUUUGUUUCGUUAGCAAACCGUUUGCUAACUUAUAGUUACAAGAAUGUCUUUAAAGCGUGAAAGGGAGGAAAUAGAAGACGACGAGGAUAACGAAGACGAAGUGACAGUCAAAUUUAGGCGAGGACGUGUGGUUGAAGACCGAAGAAGCCGCCAUUGUCCUUACCUGGACACCAUAAACAGGAGUGUUCUGGAUUUUGACUUUGAGAAGCUCUGCUCCAUUUCUCUGUCUCACAUUAAUGUUUAUGCCUGUCUUAUUUGUGGGAAAUACUUUCAAGGCAGAGGUCAGAAGUCUCAUGCCUACACUCACAGUGUCCAGUUUUCUCACCAUGUGUUCCUCAACUUGCACACACUCAAGUUUUACUGUCUGCCAGACAACUAUGAGAUCAUUGACUCAUCGCUAGAAGACAUCACAUAUGUGCUGAAGCCGACUUUCACCAAGCAGCACAUUGAGGGUCUGGACAAACAUGGUAAACUGUACAGAGCCUACGAUGGUACAACCUACCUGCCAGGGAUUGUAGGGCUUAAUAACAUUAAAGCCAACGACUAUGCCAAUGCUGUACUACAGGCUUUUUCCAACGUCCCACCUUUGCGAAACUACUUCCUUGAGGAGGAGAACUACAGAGACAUCCGGAGGCCACCAGGGGACAUCAUGUUUCUGCUGGUGCAGCGGUUUGGGGAGCUGAUGCGCAAACUUUGGAAUCCGAGAAACUUCAAGGCCCACGUGUCGCCCCACGAGAUGCUGCAGGCUGUAGUCCUGUGCAGCAAGAAAAACUUCCAAAUCACCAAACAAGGUGAUGCUGUGGACUUCAUGACAUGGUUCCUAAACGCCAUGCAUGGCGCUCUUGGAGGCACAAAGAAGAAGCCAUCAAUUCUUACAAAAGUCUUUCAAGGCUCCAUGAGGAUUUUCUCCAAGAAACUACCACAUCCAGAUUUACCUCCAGAGGAAAAGGAGGCGUUGCUUGUAACAGAGGAGUACCAGGAGCAGAUGUCCGAGUCUACCUUCCUGUUCCUGACCCUUGACCUCCCAACAGCUCCUUUGUACAAAGAUGAGAAAGAGCAACUUAUUAUUCCACAGGUUCCUCUCUUCAACAUCCUGGGCAAAUUUAAUGGCAGCACAGAGAAGGAAUACAAAACCUACAAAGAGAAUUUUCUCAAAAGGUUCCAGCUGACUAAAUUGCCCCCUUAUCUCAUCUUUUGCAUCAAAAGAUUCACCAAGAACAAUUUCUUUGUGGAGAAGAACCCGACUAUCGUAAACUUUCCCAUUACGAAUGUGGACCUGCGUGAAUAUCUGACAGAAGAAGCUCAGGCCACAGAAAAGAACACAACUUAUGAUCUGAUUGCAAACGUUGUGCAUGAUGGGAAACCCACUGAGGGGUCGUACAGAAUUCACGUUCUUCAUCAUGGAACAGGGAAGUGGUAUGAGAUGCAGGAUCUGCAAGUAACGGACAUUCUCCCCCAGAUGAUCACACUGUCAGAGGCGUACAUCCAGAUCUGGAAGAGACAAGAUUGAUGAAGCAAGCAAACCACACAGGGUUUUUUUAAUGAGGCAACAAGCUUGUUAAUUCUAUUUUGUAAUCAGAGGCCUUGAAAUCAUCUCCACAAACUGGCAGUUUAUUUGAAUAAUGCGAGCAAUUUAUGGCGUGAAGGUUGCAACAAAAUAUCAGGAUGUUCUGUACAGGCUGUUAAAGUAAACGUACAUCUGAGGUUUUUGACAGUUUUCUAAAUAAACCAUCUCCAGGAU